CGAUCAUCGACAAUGCUCGUGGAGGCUUGCUCGUCGAACAUCGCAGCCCUCCACUGAACGAAUUUCCGACGACGACCACCUUUCAUCUGCAGAAAACACCACCGAGCAGUUGUCCGGCAUGCGACCGACGCUGGACAGACCUGUCACUGCGGCGUUGGCAACCCCGCAUGACGCUAUACUCGCCGAGCUGGUUGGUCCUCCGCAGACUUUAUCCACCCAGUCCGAAGAGGAGGAGGCUACAUCUCCCACACUGCAAGCCAAAUCGGCACAGAGCGUGGAUGCUCCCCCAGCACACACGGAUCAGACGGCGAGCCCAUUCGCAUCAAACGCACGCUCAGAUACGUCCAGUCCCGUGCCCGCACCCAACACGGUGUACGACCCUUUCUCUGGUGUGCCGAUUGGUGCCACUGCCGACACUCGCAGUGACCAAGAGAACGAGUUCCAGGCAAAGAGCGCCAAGUUCGACCACAGGAAAGACGAGCUUUGGUCGCACCUCGCCCGUAUCCGCGAGCUCCAGAGCGAGAUUGCAGGGAUGCACCUCCAGAUGGAAGGCAUCGGGUCGGUCGAGUCUCGCGGUUCCAAGCGGACGACGGCGGGCGCAGGGCGCAUGGCCACCGGCACUAUCCGUGCGCCAGAGGAGUGGGAGGAUACCGCGGGGGCAGAAGAGCAGCAGAAGACCACGCGCGAUGCGGACUUUGCCACCCUUGCAGAGACAUUCCAAGGACGCAGGGACGCGAUUGAUGGUAUAAUGGGGAAGCUGGACGACCUGUCCAAAGCGCUCACAACGUUUCAUGCAUUGCCCACACCAUCGAUGGAAUUUCUGAAAUCUCGCACUGGGAAUAAGGAUCGGCAGGGCACGCCGUUAAGCACACUAGGGCCAUCCAAGGACGAAACAGACAUUUCACGUCCUGCCCAGCCUCAAAUUCCCGUUCCCGAGAGUCCAACGACGACUGAUUCGUCAUCGCCCAUAAUGACACCAUGACAGCUACUAUCUCACCAGUGCCAACUUACGACUGCUCCGAAUAAACCAUCAAAUAUGGGCGCAUACAGCCAAUGGUGGGACAUACAUAUUUAAAAACGGAGGAAGCCGAGUCCAAUAGGAAAUGUCUAUGGUGGGUAUACUCCAAGCUACGCUAUGUCCCAAAGACAACAUAGAGAUAUUGUAUCAGACUAAUGAGG